AUGACAAAGACGUGGCUUGUAACUGGCGCUUCAUCCGGCCUAGGAACAGCAAUUGCCGAAGUCGCCCUACGCUCCGGGCACAGAGUCCUCGCAACAGCUCGCAAUACUAUAAAAGCCGCGCAAGAAAAUUCUCAAAUUGAACGACUAGGCGGUACAUGGAUUGAAAUCGACGUGACACGUGUCGAGACGGCAAAAGAAGUUGAAUCCGCGAUACGCGAGGCCGGAGGUGUAAUUGAUGUCGUUGUUAAUAACGCGGGAUACUCGCUUCUGGGGAGUAUUGAGGAUAUGAGUGAGGAGGAAAUUGAGAUGCAAUUUAGUACGAAUGUUUAUGGUCCCGUUAGGGUAUUGAAGGGUGUCUUGCCUUACAUGCGGGAGCAGAGGUCUGGGGUUAUUGUUAAUGUCAGUAGUAUUGCGGGGAUGGAUGGCGUGCCCUCCUGUGCUAUGGAGGGCGACCCCAUGAAAGCCGCUCAAAGGAUCUUCGAAGUUGUGACAGGAACAGGCAUGGGCGCAGGCAAAGAAGACUAUCUGCGGUUGAUGCUUGGCCCUGAUUGCCAUGCGCGCUUCCAGAAGAAGACGCACGCUCUCCAGGAGAACCUGGAUCAGAUGAAGGAGAUAUCUCACUCCACUAGCUACUAA